CGACGUCAGCUGUGCGGGGGAGAGCAAAAAAAAAAAAAGAAAAAAAAAGGAAUUUUUUGGGUGUGUUAAGAAAAGAAAAAGUCUGAAAGCAGAAAAUGAAUAUAAGCCAACAAAUGGACAAAAAAAUAACUUAACUUUUGUUUUUCCAACAAAACGCCAGCAGAAUGGUGAAAAGUUUCACAGGAACUGCAAUCGUCAGUGCCGGCAAUGGACGAUUGGGUAUAACCAAAAAAUUGGUGCUCUGGUCAGUUCUAAUACUACAAAUUGGCUUCAUUGGUUGCAUAUGGCUGCUUCAAAUGAGCUACAACGGCCAGGAACAACAGCAACAGAUGCAGCAGAGUAUAUCGGGAUCAUGGGAUCUCGAUGCCAAGGAUUGGAGGGGAAGGCGAGUAAACUUUGUAAAGAAUCACAAACGAAAAGGAGGAGGAGAAGAAGCUCGAUUCAGUGGCGGGGGUGUUCAUUGCCCGCGUCAUCCGCACGAGAAUGUCAAUCGUUAUGAUCUGGACUUUUAUCAAAUGAAAGUGGAAAGAUUAAACAAUACGAAUUUAAUGGAAGCAGCCGCCUAUGAGGAGGAUUUGGAGCCAUCUUUAUGGUGCUAUCGACAGGGCACAUUGAACGAGAGUCAUGUCAAUGAAGUGGACUAUCUAAUGGCGCCAUUGCAAUGUAAAUGUGCCAGUGGCUGGCAUGGAAGGGAUUGUGGUCAGCCGGAGAUCAUUUGGCGUGCUCUGAUGACCCUCAGCCGGGUCAGCAAGCGGGCAGGCAUUGCGGCAUCUCCACUCCAGCUAAGAGAAGCGAGUGGAAGUAAUCUGCAUCGUCUGUACUAUAUGCUGGAAUUGGGACCAUGGGAAUUAUUAAACUUGGAUCUAUUAGAACUGCAAUUGAUAGCUUUAAUUGAGGUGGUGGAUUACUUUCUCAUCUACUAUGUGAAUCACAAUGGCAGCAAGCAGCAGGAACAGCAUCAACACACUGUGGAGGCCAUGCUGGGGCGAAACAAUGCCAGCUAUUUGCUCUAUCAGUGUCCGACGCGUCAAAAUUGUAGUAGUUCUGUGGUCUACGGACAAUUUCGUCGUCAACUUUGGUCGCUAUGUGGUGUACAAAUGCAGGUCAAGGACCUGCUCCUCCAUGGUGACAGUGAAACAGUCUAUGCGCCGGCCUCCUUGAAAUUUCUCAAAUACUAUGCCAAAGAUGUUCUACCUCUACAAUUUCGUUUGAAGUUCAAUGUCUAUGGAUUCUAUUGGCAACAUCCACAAAGAACUUUACUACAUGGAGUAAUCAGUUCAUUGAACCAUCUGCAUAAUGGUGUCGCUCAAAUCGAUAGCUAUAGCCAUACCUUGGGUGAUCUCAAUCACUUUGGCGGCUGGCAUUGCCAACUGUGUUUGUCGCCAGAGCAAAUUGUACGCCUGCUGCAAAGUUCCUAUCACAAUUUGAAUGUUAAAUUGCCCAAUACGAGCAGAAAUGCCCAUAUAGAUUCAUUUUAUAUACAACGAUUGAUAUCGAAUGGUUUAUAUAUAGACGGUACCACCCAAUUGCAACGUUUGCGUCAACAAAGUGAGAAAUAUUAUGCCCCCGAAAUGGCUUUACGCUUAAGCAGUCAAUUUGGGCAACUUCUAGUCAAUCUUUAUGAUAUAUCAGAGGAAGAGGACGAUGUCGACAACGAGAUGGAAUGAUGUCAAAGUUUGACUUGUGACCUAAUCUAAGUGAAGAUAGGAGUCCUAUUCGAUAAUAUAUACAUACAUACAUAUUUGUUUAAAUAUGUAUACGUGCCUGCUUUAUAUCAUCGAUCUCAUAUCACAUUAAUCAUCAUUUUAAACAUUAAUUAUAUUUGCACAUCGCCUCAAAAAACAAAUUAAGAAAAACAAACUUUAGUAUUUCAGACAGACAGGACGGAACAUCUGUGAUAAGAAAAAAAAAACACACAUACACAUAUAUAUGAAGAAUUGAAAUUAAUAGAAAAUUAAUUAUAAUUCUUCAUAUCUAACAAAUUUGCUGGAAUUAUACGUUGUGACCACCAUAUGAUAUGAUCUUUUGAGUUGACUUAAGAAUUUAGCUUAUAUAUUAGUAUUAACUAAAUUGAGGUAAUUAAGAAACCCUUGCAUAUGAAAAAUUUAAGAUCAGUUGUAAUCUAAUUCAAUGUCUUAUAAUUAUAGUUUAUAAAAAAUGAUGCUAAAUUUGUUAACUUGUCAGAUUCAUAUUCAAAUAAACAAGGAAAAAAA